AUGCCGUUCAAAUGGACUCCAGAGGCGGAGCGAGAGAUGCUGUUCCAAAUCAUCAAGAGCCUUGAUAUCAAGCCGCCCCAAUCGAUGUUUGCAGACGUGGCGGCCGUGAUUGGCGGAGGCGUGAAUGCUAACGCCUGCUCACAAAGAUUCUACAAACUCAAGCGCGAAGCUGAGGCUCUGCAUGCCAAAGCAGACGAGGGAGGCGUCGGCGUACCUAAUACACCUUCCACCAAGAAGUCGGCGGCAAAGGCGAAGCCGACCCCCAAAUCGUUGGGCAAGAAACGAAAAGCUGCGAUUGCCAACGAGGACGAUGAGCCAGACGCGAUCGACACUCCUACUAAGAAACACAAAAAGGAGGAGGACGAGGACGAGGAUGGUAACAAAGAAGACUAG